GGGCUCCAAACUCUAUAAUAGGUUUGUGGAGACAUAUGAUGCACACUUCAUGAAUGUCACUCGUGUGAGGUGGAAUCCCUUCCAUGCUGAUGUCUUCAUCUCUUGCAGCUGGGACUGGAUGGUCAAAAUUUGGGAUCAAACUAUGAAGUCUCCCAUGUUCACCUUUGAAUUAGAAAUUGGAGCUGCAGUGACAGAUGUGGCCUGGGCUCCAUAUUCCUCCACUGUCUUUGCUGCUGUCACCACUGAAGGAAAGAUCCAUGUGUUCGACCUCAGCAUCAACAAAUAUGAGGCUCUCUGCCAGCAAAAAGUGGUGUCCAAGAAGACCAAGCUCUUCAACAUUGAAUUCAACCCUGUCCAUCCCAUCAUCAUCGUGGGCGAUGGCCACGGCCAUGUCACCAGCCUCAAGCUCUCUCCCAACCUUCGCAAGAAGCCUAAGGACAAGAAGGGUCAAGAAUUGCCGAUGAGUCCGGAGGCGGAAAAAGCAAAGAUGGAGCAACUGUUGAGCUUACUGAGAUAGCCUGGGAACAAUCAGCAGAACUGAGGCACAGCUAAAUUUAAAUUUAAACAUUUGAACUAUCUAUUGCCUAGAAAUGUGAGAGUAGCCAAAAAUAGUCUUACUGUAGCCUGUAAUAUAUGCCAUAACUUUGUUAAACUCGAUUUGUAUGGAUAUUUCACUGUAUUUAUUAAACAUUCAUAAUCAUAAAUCUACUGUUUAUGCCAAAAAACACAAUAAAACAUAAAAAUUU